AAUUCCAAUUGUGUCAUCCUUGUAUGUUUUUUUUCUUGUUCAGCUACUGGUCUCAUCAGGGGCGAAGCGCGUUCUGGUUAUGAGUUCAGCGAACCUAAUAGCUUUUGUUCAAAUAAUUCAUUGAUUAUUUAUAAUUUAAUAAUUUAGAAUUUAGUAACUUUUAGAGUUUCGAAUGAAAUAUUAGUUCAGCCUCUGGGUUCCACCAUUUUACGCACCUUUCAAAUACAGAGAAUGUCUUUUGAAAUACCAAAAUAACAAAGAGAGUUUCAUUCUUUCCGGUUAGCAAGAUUUAGACAGCUUCUUCAAUUACAGCUCUUCCUUUCCUUUGACAUAGCUCUUGUCUUUACAUCUUUAACCUCUCUAUAUAUUCAACUUUAAGUAAAUACCCUUUUGUUUUUUUCUUCCUUCUCAUGCAUGGUUAUUUGAUGUAUUGAAUCUGAAAUAUAAAAUGGAAAGGUAUGAAAUUCUUAAAGACAUUGGUUCUGGCAAUUUUGGUGUGGCGAAGCUUGUGAAAGAUAAAUGGAGUGGUGAGCUCUUUGCUGUUAAGUAUAUUGAAAGAGGCAAAAAGAUUGAUGAGCAUGUUCAAAGGGAAAUCAUGAAUCAUAGGUCUUUGAGGCAUCCAAAUAUCAUUAGAUUUAAGGAGGUAUUGCUAACUCCAGCUCAUCUAGCCAUAGUUAUGGAAUAUGCUUCUGGAGGGGAGCUUUUCGAACGAAUAUGCAAUGCUGGAAGAUUCAGUGAAGAUGAGGGAAGGUUUUUCUUUCAACAACUUAUAUCAGGAGUCAGUUACUGUCACUCAAUGCAAAUUUGCCACAGAGAUCUUAAGCUUGAAAAUACAUUGUUAGAUGGGAGCUCUACACAACGUCUGAAAAUAUGCGAUUUUGGCUAUUCUAAGUCAGCAGCAUUGCAUUCACAACCAAAAUCUACAGUAGGAACUCCGGCCUAUAUCGCACCAGAAGUCUUAUCAAGAAAAGAAUAUGAUGGAAAGAUAGCAGAUGUUUGGUCUUGUGGGGUCACAUUAUAUGUGAUGUUGGUUGGUGCUUAUCCCUUUGAAGAUCCUGAUGAUCCAAGAAACUUCAAGAAAACAUUAACUAGGAUAUUAAGUGUGCAGUAUUCAAUCCCUUAUUAUGUUCGAGUUUCAAAGGAGUGUAAUCAUCUUUUAUCUCGAAUAUUCGUAGCUGAUCCGGAGAAGAGAAUAACGAUCGAAGAAAUAAAGAAGCAUCCUUGGUUUUUAAAGAACUUGCCUAAAGAAUUUAUGGAAGGAGAGGAAGCUAGUUUAGUACAAAUGAAUGGUGGAGACAAACCAUUGCAAAGUAUUGAAGAAGCAUUGGCUAUAAUUCAAGAAGCAAGAACACCAGCAGAGGGGUCUAAAAGUGAUGAUCCUUUUGUUAAUAGCAGUAUUAGCAUGGAACUUGAUGAUUUUGAUACUGAUGCUGAUUUAGAUGAUGAAAUAGAUACAAGUGGGGAUUUUGUAUGUGCAUUGUAAGUGCAACACCAUUGGCGUGCGCCGAUGCGGCCCUUUCUCCGACUGUGUGUGCGUGCGAGAUGCUUUGUACACUGAACUGUCUUUUUUUUAUUACUGAGUGCUACUUUUGGCAUGGAAGCCAAUAUUGCUGAAAUAUGAAUUUGAGAUAAGGCAUCUUUUCUUGGCCAUGGAGAUGAAAAUAAUUUACUUAGUCCUACUUGGCCCUUGGGGCCAUUCUAUAGUAGAGUGGUUUAAUUUUCUGAUUUGUACUUAAUGUUUUUUAAAUCCAUGUUUAGUUUCAUAAAUCUUCAUUUUGAUAGGAAGUUGAAGGUCUUUUUAAGAUAUUAUAUUCAAAAAACCAUCAUGUAUGACACCAAGGAUACCACAUAGUUUUGUUUGCAAUUGUAAAUAAGUUGUGCAA